CCACAUGUUCCAGUAAACAAACUCCAGCUACUGGGCGACUUCGUUGCAUGUCAGUUCUCUGAGCGUUCAGUCCUUGUACUUAUCUGCCACUUUUUGGUUCCCGAAACCGAGCGGUGUCCCACCCUUUCCUCGAAAGCCAUCUAACAUCACACGCUGUACGGAGUACGGAGUACGCAGCUACCUACCUCCCUACCGCGGCCACUCCUACAAUGUCGUCGACCAAACGCAUCGAGAAAUGGGAAAUCGACCGAUACUGGGAGAUCUUCUCGUCUCUCGUCCAACCACCCGCCAGUCCGUCCUCACAUCUGACCAACCAAGCGGCCGCCAAUGUCCUGCGCAACUCCCAACUGCGCGACGACCAGCUCGAGCGGAUCUGGGACUUAGCGGACGUCGACGGCGACGGCGAACUCGAUUUCGAAGAAUUCUGCGUGGCCAUGCGCCUGAUCUUCGACCUGGUCAACGGCGAAUAUCAGGACGUCCCCAAGACCUUGCCAGAUUGGCUUGUCCCCGAGAGCAAAGCACAUCUCGUGGCUGCGAAUCGCGCCCUGAGUGGCGAUCGACAGGCGCAGUUUGAAAGGAUCGAAGACGACGAGGACGACGCGGGCCUCAAGGACGGGUUCGAUUGGUACAUGUCCCCCAGCGACAAGAGGAAGUACGAAGAGAUAUACUCCGCGAAUAAAGACAGGCGGGGCGAGAUCAGCUUCGAGAGUCUGCACAGUCUCUACAGCAGUCUGGACGUGCCGGACACCGAUGUGCGGAGUGCGUGGAACCUGGUCAAUACGAGCGGACGGGACACGAUCGGCAAGGAUGCGUGUCUUGCGUUCUUGCAUAUCCUGAACUAUCGGCAUGAGGGGUACAGAAUACCAAGGAUGGUGCCGCCCAGUCUACGGGCGAGCUUCGAGGGAAACCAGAUUGACUAUCAGAUUGAUAGUAUGCGGAACAGGCCAAACAAGUAUGAUGAGGAUACCGCGUCGGGACGAAAGGCCAAGUUUGGAGAUGCAUAUCUCAGUCGCAUUGGGGGACGGGGUGGGUCGGCUUAUCAGCCGAAAGGCACGGAUUUCUCGGACGUGGUGGAGGAUGAGGACCUUGAGAAGGUCAGAUUACUGCGGGAACUGAGGGAUCUGGAAAGUCAGCAUGAUGCUGCGCUGGCGGCGUCCGAACGGAGGAGGAAGUCGAGGAUGGAGAAUGGAUCGAGACAGCCAGGCAACACGAAUUGGACUUUGAUCAAACGAGAAGCUCAGCAACUGCUGGAGUACAAGCAGCGGCGGUACGUGGAUCUGAAUUCGGAGAAUGCAAGCGACUCAGGCAAUGAUCUCAAGAGGCUGCGGGAUGAUCUGGCACUGGUUGCGGAGCAGAUAGAUGGGCUGGAGUCGCAUUUGAGGAAACGGGAGGCAGAGUUGGACAGUAUUCGGCGAGAGAUUGAGAACGAAAAGUCCAGCAGAUAGAGGUCGGUGCGGCCGGAAAUGAAGAGACGUAGAAGAGACAGAGUCGUGGCGGAAAUUCAGAAUGGCUCAUAAGGUAUCAGUCGAUCCUCUCAACAAGAGGUGCU